GAUGAGACCAAGAGGGCUUCCGGGAGCUUGCAGUCCGACUGUGGGACAGCUGAGAGUUUUGCACGUGGGACGUCUUCGCGGGACGAGAUGGAGACGGCCCCUAAGCCGGGCCGCCGUGGCCCUCCCAAGAAGGCCAAACGUCAGGUCAAGAAGAAACCACGGCGUUACUGGGAGGAAGAGACCGCCGCUUCGAACUCCGCUGGAGCCUCGCCAGGGCCCCCUCGCAAGAAGAGGACUCGAGAGCUGCGCCCUCAGAAGGCAAAGAAUACUCACAUCCUAAAGAAGUCUCGGGUCUCCAGGAAGCCCCAGGUCACAAAGAAACCCCGAGAAUUGCAGGAUCCAGAGCGUCGGCGGACCUUGUCAGGGGCCCAGGACCCAUUUCCGGGCCCCGCCCCCGUGCAGGUAGAGGUGGCCCAGAAGUUCUGUCGCAUCAACAAAUCCCAAAAGCUGCCGCGUUCCAAGCGGGAGCCACAGAGUCAGAUUGAAGCGGCGGAAGCCCAGGAAAAAGAAGCAAGUGCCAAAGCGGCUCGUUCUGAACUGCUGCUCGCUGAAGAGCCAGGCUUUUUGGAAGGGGAGGAUGGGGAGGACACUGCAACGAUUCGCCAGGCUGACAUCGUGGAGGCUGUGGACAUUGCAAGUGCAGCCAAGCACUUUGACCUGAACUUGCGACAGUUUGGACCCUACAGAUUGAAUUAUUCUCGCACUGGGAGGCAUCUGGCUCUCGGGGGGCGCCGGGGGCAUGUGGCUGCCCUUGACUGGGUGACGAAGAGGCUCACGUGCGAGAUCAACGUCAUGGAGGCAGUGCGGGACAUCCGGUUUCUGCACUCCGAGGCUUUGCUGGCCGUUGCUCAGCACCGCUGGCUUCACAUCUACGACAACCAGGGCAUUGAGCUGCACUGCAUCCGCCGCUGUGACCGCAUCACCCGCCUCGAGUUCCUGCCUUUCCACUUCCUCCUGGCCUCAGCGUCAGAAACUGGGUUCCUGACCUACCUGGACGUGUCCGUGGGGAAGAUCGUGGCUGCUCUGAACGCCCGGGCUGGCCGCCUCGACGUCAUGACUCAAAACCCUUACAACGCUGUCAUCCACCUGGGCCACAGCAAUGGUACGGUGUCCUUGUGGAGUCCAGCGAUGAAGGAGCCGCUGGCCAAGAUUCUCUGUCACCGCGGUGGGGUCCGGGCUGUGGCAGUAGAUUCUACAGGCACGCACAUGGCCACCUCUGGCCUGGACCACCAGCUGAAGAUCUUUGACUUGCGAGGGACCUUCCAGCCUCUGAGUGCGCGGACGCUGCCACAGGGAGUCGGGCACCUGGCCUUCUCCCAGCGGGGCCUGCUGGCCGCAGGGAUGGGUGACGUGGUCAACGUCUGGGCCGGGCAGGGCAAGGCCACCCUGCCCUCCCUGGAGCAGGUCUACCUCACGCAUCACCUUUCCGGCCACGUGCACGGCCUGCAGUUCUGCCCCUUCGAAGAUGUGCUGGGGGUGGGCCACAGCGGUGGCAUCACCAGCAUGCUGGUGCCCGGGGCUGCGGAGCCCAACUUUGAUGGCCUGGAGAGUAACCCGUACCGGAGCCGGAAGCAGCGCCAGGAGUGGGAGGUGAAGGCCCUGUUGGAGAAGGUCCCUGCAGAGCUUAUUUGUCUGGAUCCUCGAGCCCUGGCAGAGGUGGAUGUCGUCUCUGUGGAGCAGAGAAAGAAGGAGCGGAUAGAGAGGCUGGGCUAUGACCCAGAAGCCAAGACUCCCUUCCAGCCAAAGGUAAAGCGGAAGGGCCGCAGCUCCACGGCCAGCCUAGUGAAACGGAAGAAGAAGGUCAUGGAUGAGGAACACCGGGACAAGGUCCGACAGAGCCUGGAACAGCAGUCCCAGAAGCAAGAUAAGGAGGCCAGGCCCACUGGGUCCCGUCCAUCCGUGCUCGAUAGAUUUGUACGCUGAGCCCAGCUCUGGGCGGGCAUGAGAGUGACUGUUACUCAGAAAUGUUCCUGUACCUUGGAA